AUCUUACAGUACUUACACAGUGGCCAUGCUAGGAGUGUCCCCACUCGUAACAAUCUCGUAACUACAGAGAGACCAAGCACGACUUUACCGAUCAAACCAGCUAGAUCUACUUAGAAUCUAGCUCAGAUUUAAACCAAGUCUGGUAGACAGUUCUAAGUCUGAGACAACGUCGGUGUAUUCAGUAUUGUUUCCAAAGUGGAGAUCAUCUGACGAGCAGAAGAGUCAGUCAUUAAAAGUUACAACGAGGUCAUGGAGCUGAAUUAUCUGCUAUUGAGUUUCUUUCUAGUUGUAACCUGCCCAGUUCUUCCAGCGAUUUCAACCAGCGAGGUGGAACCAUUGCAUUUUGAAGAAGCACAAACAGGGAAUGGAACAAAAUUUUGUUACAUUUGUCUCGUCAUGAUGGAGAAGCUGGAUUUCUUGAUCCAGCAGAACACUUCUGUAGACAUACUCAACGCAACAUUGGUCAAAAUGUGUAAUAUAACUUCUGGACCUUUGCGAGAACAGUGUUUCCAACUGAUUCCUGCUAUAUUGCAAGAACUCCAAUCUGGAUUUAACCCUCAGAUCGCCUGCAUGAAACUGGCUUUAUGUUCUCAAUCUAACAAUCAGCAAAAUUCUUCACAUACAGAGUGCAAAGGUCAAGUCUGUGGGACCAAGUGCCCUCUAUGUAAAACUAUCUUAAGUCUGGUGGAUAAAGAUUUAUACCAGGAUGAAGCCAGUUUGUUGUCCAGUGUUUCACAACUGUGUCACCGGAUGCCCCCACCAGCUGAUAGCACGUGUGUGAAUGCAAUGAACUAUCAAGUGCCGCUUUGGUUUCGAGAUUUCUUUCACAACGUGGUCACUCCAGACAAGAUUUGUGAACUGCUCAAGUUAUGCCCCUAGUAUCCUACAACUUGAUCUGAUGUGUGACGUAAAUACUCAUGCUAUCAUUGAACAACUCAAGAACUAUAAAUCUAUGCUUUCUACAAAACAAA